UUCAACCGGAAGUGCAUUCGCGAUUUGCAUUUCCUGUCCUGACAGUGGAGACUGCAGCCAGGACCUCUGGGACAGAGGAGGGCUGUGAUAGAGCUUUUAUUGUUAGAAUAACGAGAUCAGUCACCAUGACAACCAAGCGAGGACUGAUAACAGAAUCGUUCAAGGUGGUGAAGAAAGCAAGGAGGGGGGGCAAACGAGAGAAGAGGCCUACUCCUUCGCCUCCUCCACAGAAAGAGGCUGACACUGGAACGGUCCGUGAGGAGGAGCUGCAGAAGCUCAGACAGUUUGAUCUGGACUGGAGAUUUGGGCCCUGCACAGGUAUCAGCAGGCUGCAGAGAUGGGAGAGAGCAAAACUUCAUGGUCUGAACCCACCUGAGGAGAUCAGAUACCUGCUGUCGCAGACACACACCGACCCUGAGUACAACCUGAGCCUGUGGAGCGAAUAUCCUUUGUGAGGAAGACAUUGUGAGGAAGAGAAAAGAGCGCAGACCCCCCCCUCCACCAGCAAAAGUUCAUUUAUAUCACCCCAAAUCACAAAUGUGUCUUUGAGGAAUUCACCUUCUAUCCUUAAAGGUUAUAAAUACGAAAUGUUCUUGCCACUGGGUGCCGCACUAGAGCACCAACAUCUCAGACCAGAGCAAAUGGGUCCUACGGCCCACCAGACUCUAUUGAGAAACCAGCAUUUUUAUUUAACAGAUACAUUUGGUUGAAAUAUACCUUUCAUUCACCGAGUUAGAUGAAAAAAUAUUUGCGAAACGGGCUGCUUCAGCUGCCAUAUAAUGUUAGUUAAGCAUUGCUCACAGCCAGACCGGCUUUAUCAACAAAGCAUAACUAAGACAACACCAUAGGCAAAAGUCAGGACACCAUGACUCCAAUAUAUCUUUACAUAGCAUAUAAUUGUUUCCUGCUAUAUUAAUGUUUAAUUAUCUUGUGUAUGUAACGUUUAAAGCCCGAAAAACAGCCACUUGAGUUUGUGUUUUGUGGUUUGUUGUACUACCUUGUCUUCUACACAUGUAGUUUUUUUUUACAUAUUUAAUUAAAACAAAUCUACCAGAA